AUACCCCUCGUCCCAAGGCGGGGUGUCCGAAUUGAGCAACCCAUCAGACCAAAUUCGGGUCGUACAUUGAAGCCAAAGCGUCGAGUUCUUCGGAACCGCCUUGUCAACCACGCGACAUCAAUAUCACCCAAGUGUCUCCAAGUGUCAUAAGCCCUAGGGCUUGAGCUACAGAUUGUGGCAUCGGCAUAAUUUGAUCUCACAAUGUCGGCGCAAGAUAGACAGGAGAGCGUGAAGCGGCCUGCAUCGCGUUCGCGAUCGCGCCCCAAAACACCAACAACACCCUUGAGACCGUCGUCGAGGUCGUCUUUCCGCGAAAGCGCUCAGCGUUCCGUUUAUGGCGGCGAGCCGUUUCCGCUCGACACUUUCGAACCUGCUUUUGCCGAGCUAUCUGAUGCUGUGGCCGACCUUGAAGCGAACAUGAUGCACUUCCAGUUGAUGCAUGAGAGUUUGGCGCGCUUCAGCGAGAGCUUCGCUAGUUUUCUGUAUGGUCUCAACAUGAACGCUUUUUGUGUGGACUUCCCCGAGGGUCCAAUCGCAGAGUCACAUCGUAGAGCGAAGAACCAAGAAUACCAAGCGGAGCCCAUAGUCAGAUCACGCAGUGCGGAACGCGGCGAACCGGAUAACGAGACGACUUUCAUGACUACAGAUGUAUCGUUCGUAGAAAACCCUCCAGCAUCAUCUAAGGCCACUCCCAAGAAGUUUGAAAACCCCGAGCCGCGGCCGUCUCGUAUCGCUGGUCCCUCAAGAGGUGGUACACAACGAGGUAGACCGGGCACAGGCAGAAGCCGAGGCAGUACUCUGGCAAGACCAAGAGCUCGUGGCAUCAGAUGAACACCACGACAUUGUUGUCGGAGCUAUCUAUUAGGCGACGGUGUGAUCUUGGAGCCAAAGCGCCCUGACGAGCAGCUUGUUUAACCUCCACCGGCAGGCAUGCCAUACAAAGCUCAUGGGAUGUUUUGAGUGAGUGCUUGCAGUAUGUCACAUAUAACUGGUAC